AUGAUCAACAACAAAUGGAUAAAGUUUGUAGCACUGUUAGCAUUUUUGUCAAUUCAUCUAGGUCAACUUAACACAUUUGAUUUUCAAACAAUUUACACGACUGAAACCUUUAAUACUCCCUACUCACUGAAACGUUUUGCUGAAUACUUUAAUCAAAGUGACUACAACAAAAUAGAAGUUCUGGCAUCACUAAGUAGUUAUCCCGAUUUGCCAAAAUGGAUGAACUGGUUUCACCGGCCUAAUUCAGAAAUCGGCUACUUUUACGGAACGCCUGCAGUGGACAAUGAUGGAGACAUUGAUAUUGAAAUUAUACUGCUCGACAAAUUCACUUUUAAUGUGACCAUGGAUCGUCUCAAGUACACAAUUAUUAGUAGAGAACAAAUUUGCAAGAAUGAAGCACAGAUACAACUUUUCAAUCUUGAUCUGGAAGAUUUUAUACAGAAAAACAUUUCAGCCCCUGUUUUGGACAUAUUUCGCAAAAAACUUUGGCAAUCUGAUCACGUUUACAUCACGAAUAUGGCCAGACCAAUUGAUGUGGGCGGGCGGUUUCCGUUGGAUCCUCGCGAAAAAGAAGGAGUAACUGUACGAAUUGGCAGCAUGGCCAACUUUACCGAAGAGCUGCUGCGGCUGGAGAGCGAAGCCGCCCAAAUUCGAAGUCGAAAUCCCUGUCCAAAGCGAUUCAAGGCGUCCAGUGUUGAGUACCUUUUUCGCGAAAAGAAACUAUUUGUUGACUGGUGCCGCUUUAAGCUGCUGCUUCCUUCGACGCCGUGA